CUUUUCCGCAACUUGCAUCACAUGGUUGCAAUGGCGAGAUGCUUCAGGCACUUCUUACGCGAGAACAUGGUCUUGAUCCCCCGCAAUUGGAUCGCCGUGCCACUAGACUCAACUGUCUCAGGCACCGUGUUCUGCUAAAUCCAUCCCAGUUGCCCCAGGUACGAGUCCAGAUCCUAUCAGCGCCGCCGCCCGCCGUUGUCCUCGCCGCCGGGGCCGGUUAGCAUCGGGGCCAUUAUGUAAGACUUCUGGGCAGGUGAUGUGUCCAGGUCGGAGCCAAUCUGGGCACGUCAUCCGGGUCCCCAACGGAUUUGCAUACCUUGGGAUAGCAUGGAUAUGAUGCUUGCAUUAAGGUCUAUCAGCUAGAUUGUCAAGUAACCCGCGAGGGUCAUACAGACAAGAUAAACUCGAAGGGCGGCGCGGCGACAUGGAACAACCAUAACCCGAAAACGGCAUCACGUGAUACCCCUCUUCUCCAGACUUUGGCAGUUCCGUAAAAGCCCACUUCCACUGAUUAACUUCAAUUGCACUUGCGGGUUCCUGAUCUGCAUCUCCAGAGCAGACCCCCAGACAGCCUAGCUCCGAAGAAUCGCUCCGAAUGAUCACUCCUCAGGCUCCGUUGCAGGUCUUAGCAGUGGCGUAAAGCCAUGAUUUGAGGACGCAGAUCGGGUCGGACCGGGCUGAAGAGACCUUGGAAACUCCAAGCACUACAAAUGCCAAAGCUGUAUGUCCGGAGGAGAGAUGGGCUCAUAGACGGGAGGAGCAAUUUCGUGAGUCAACAUACAUGUUGUAUUCGCGCCUGAGCUAUCUAUCAACCAUACUUUGCGUCUUGAACAAACCCACCCGAAGCCCAAGCUCCUACGCUGCGUUUCUCAAAAGGCUUCAUGAUACUCGAACAAAAACAGUGCAUUCAUAAGGAGUGACUGUGGGUUCAAGUUUCCAACAUAAGUGAGUGUCUCGUUGCCGACCAACAACCCAGCCCUGAUGAACGGUCGGCGAUUUGAUUUCCUGACGCUGGACUCUCAUUUGCCCCACCUUGAGAAAAGAUUCCUGCCCUCAUGUUCCUUUAUCCCCUUCUGCCUUUGCCGUUCCCUGAGAACUCUCAGAGCUCAGGCGAUUGGCUUAGCCAUCAAAGCCCAAGGUAAAGGUCACUUCGCACCUGGAACUGAGGGUGUUCGUUGCAAAGCCGGUAUCAAUAUCGUCGUGAUGACGAAUCCAUGAUCUCCGAAUUUGGCUGAUCGACUCGCUUCCUUUGGACGUCUUCUGGAUGAGACCGAUAUGAUUGGUCUACUAUUACUUGCCAUGGCAUUCGCAUCGAUCUUACUGCCUUUGAGUCUUGCACUUGAUGUUCGAGCUGAAAAGGCGAACCCGUCAAUGAUCGCUAUGCUCGUGUGCGGCUGUGUGAUACUGGGAACCUUCAUCUUCUGGGAGACGAAACAGGCGCAUUUUCCUCUUUUCAACAAGCGUGUCUGGCACAACAAGACUUCAUUUGCUCCGUGAUCAUCGCACCUUCCACAUGACGAGCGGGACCCUCCGCUCAACGUACCAUACUACCUGGGUGUAUGUGUGUAUGUGAUCAAACCCUGGAGCAACUGUAACUGGCGGAAUUUCGUCGUCAUCACCACUGUCGCGCCAACGCUGUUUGGCUUUCUUGCGGGACUGUAUCACCGCGUCUUCCACCGCUACAAGGUUCUGCAACUCCCGGGCUUUCCAUCCGUCUCAUCGGCCUGGGGAUCACGUACUGGGCAGUGGGAAAGAAUGCAAGUACUGCGGCACUAGUCAUGUCACAAAUCCUCCGCGCUGUUGGCGGCGCAUUUUCUCUCGUCGGCACGCGUGUUGCAUCCCAUGCUUCCGUGCCUCGUCAGGAUCUUGCCAGCAUUAUCUCGCAGUUAUCUUUGUGGUCCAAACUGGAUAUCCAUGGUCGGUUGAGAGACGAUGCGGUCGGUCCACUGCAGUGGUCGUAUUUUUCAACGAGAAGUCGACCCACUAGUGCAAGAACUCUAUUGGCCAUCCUUUUCAAUCGGCCCAUCUCAUUCGCCACCCCUGGCCAACGGUGGCGCCCGAAAUGGAAAUAAAUGUCGGAGUUUCAUCGAGUCGCGGACCCUGCUGCUCCACUCUCACUCCACGUCAGCCAGCCUAUCAAGAGCGGCGCCAGCACAUGGCGACAUCGCGACAUCAAAACUGGACGGGCGUUCAGAAUAUAAGAUGUAUUUUUUGCUUAUACGGAUUGUCCUGAUGGCAUUUCUCAGUCUUCAUGUUGUAACAACGGCAUGGCACCCCUGAUCGAAGAUGUGCCGAGCGGCCGUGAACACUGCGCGAUUUCCCGAGUCGAAAAUGGCCACCGACCCGACAUCGACAUUGCCAUAGACCGGGGCGGGACCUUCUGUGAUGUUAUAGCCAAGGUCCACGGUCGGAACGAUAUUAUCUUCAAGCUGCUCUCCGAAGAUCCGCACAACUAUGAGGAUGCCCCGAGUGAAGCCAUCCGGCAAGUUCUCGAGAUCGUGGAAGAGAGACCUAUCCCUCGUGGAACCAGAUUAGAUGGCUCUAGAAUCGCAUCGUGCCGGAUAGGCACCACGAUUGCCACAAAUGCGCUUCUUGAGAAUAAGGGCGAAAAGUUUGCGCUCCUCACGACAAAAGGUUUCAAGGACGUCUGUGUGAUUGGGGAUCAAACCCGGCCCAAGAUCUUUGCUUUGAAGGUGGAAAAGGCCAAAGCCUUGCACCACACCGUGGUCGAAGUGGACGAGAGAAUCACCAUUGAAGACUACGACCUGAACCCUUUUCCCAUGAACAAGAAAGCAGAGACUAUCACUACCGAUCCAGAUCUAGUGCGGACCCAGAGCGGCGAGAUCAUCCGGGUCCUCCAACGGAUCGAUGAGAACAAAGUCCGAAGCCAACUACAGGCGCUUCGAAGCCAAGGGUAUACCUCGAUAGCCGUGUCUUUUUUGCACUCAUAUCUGUACCCCGACCACGAGAAUCUCGUCGCGUCCAUGGCCAAGGAGCUGGGGUUCGACUAUGUCACGACAUCAAGCGCCACGAGCCCGAGUAUCAAGUACCUCCGCAGAAGCGCUUCCGCUUGCUCCGAAGCGUAUCUAUAUCCGGUCGUUCGAAAAUAUAUCGAAAAGGUCGAAGCCGGAUUCGACGUGCUUCCGCGCCGGUUCGAGUUUAUGUGUUCGGAUGGAGGGCUGAAACAGGCUCAAAAGUUCGGAGGCAACGAGGCCCUGCUCAGUGGACCGGCCGGUGGUGUGGUUGGCGUGGCCAAGUCCUGUUAUGAUGCCCGAGAAGGGACGGCACUGAUUGGAUUCGACAUGGGCGGAACGAGCACAGACGUGUCUCGAUUCGACGGCACAUAUGACUAUGUGACCGAGACGCGGCUGUCCAAUUACAUAAUCACGGUCCCGAUGCUGAACAUCCAGACCGUUGCUGCUGGAGGCGGUUCCAUCUUGUUUGCCCGGAAUGGCCUGCUGGUCGUAGGCCCCGAGAGUGCUGGGGCGUAUCCCGGCCCGGCAAGUUACCGAAACGGAGGUCCUUUGACGGUGACGGACGCCAAUCUGUUUCUGGGGAGGUUGGACAUGUCCUCAUUUCCGGCAAUUUUUGGCCCGGAUUCCAACCAACCGCUGGAUUAUGAAAUCGUGGCCCGGAAAUUUGAAGAUAUCACGAAGGACUUCAACGCUCAGACCUCGAAGAACCUGACCCCGGAAGAGGUUGCGCUCGGAUUUCUCGACGUGGCCAAUGAAACCAUGAGCAGGCCGAUUCGGAAUGCAACAGAGGCCAGGGGCUACGCACCCGAAAACCACAAUCUCGUCAGUUUUGGAGGCGCCGGCGGUCAGCACGCAUGCGCCAUUGCAGAUAAACUGGGGAUCAGGCGGAUCUUGAUCCAUAAAUGGUCCUCGCUCUUGUCGGCGUACGGGAUCUCUCAGGCCCAGCUUCAAGCCGAUCGAUCAGAUCCUUAUGCCGGAGACUUCACACUCGAAGAGCUGCCGGAGAUCCGACGACGUCUCGAGAAACUGAGACAGACGGUUCAAGAAGAACUUGUGGCGCAAGGGGCCCAGAAGGAUUCUCUACAGUUCGAUGAACGCCUAAGUUUGCGGUAUUUUGGAACCGACACCAAUCUCUCCAUCUCCAGGCCUGAUGACGAGGACUAUGGCAAGGCCUUUGCUGCCGAACACCUGCGGGAAUUUUCAUUCGUUCUUAGCGGCCGUAGAAUCGUCAUCGAUGCCAUCCAAGUCCGAGGCACGGGAAGCGCCGGGGCUGACACUGUUGGCAAGACGAUCCCUCCCACCGAAGAGCUCGACCGGAUCAAAGAGCAUCCGAAGCAGGCCACAACCAAAGAGCGACGAAAAAUCUAUGUGAACGGCCACUGGACGGAGGCCAGUAUCUUCCGUCUCUCCAAUGUGGCAAAAGGCAGCGUUGUGCACGGGCCGGCGCUGAUUCUCGAUGAAACCCAGACGAUAUUCGUCGAACCUCAGUUCAGCAGCUACUUCCUCUCGAAUCAUGUGGUGAUUGAAAGGGUGGAUGAGGCAGAGGCAGCAAUUCCGCAAAAAAAGAUGAGUAGUGGAGGAGGAGUGGACGAGGACGAAUACAGUCCCAUACAGCUGUCGGUCUUUGCCCACCGGUUCAUGUCGAUAGCCGAGCAAAUGGGCAAUACGCUGCAGAGAACGGCCAUCUCCACCAGCAUUCGGGAGAGACUAGAUUUCUCGUGUGCCAUCUUUUCCGCCGACGGACAACUGGUGGCCAACGCACCACACAUCCCCAUCCACCUUGGAAGCAUGCAGAUGGCCAUUCAAUCGCAGCACCGACUGUGGCUCGGGAAACUGCAGCCCGGCGAUGUUCUGCUCACCAACCACCCGGAAUGGGGCGGGACGCAUCUUCCCGACAUCACUGUCGUGACUCCGGUCUUUGUUGACGGUGAAAUCGCCUUCUACACCGCCAGCAGAGGGCACCAUACCGACAUUGGUGGAAAGGGGAUCACAUCCAUGAUGCCAGACUCGAAAGAACUAUGGGAAGAAGGACUGAACGUGAAAUCGAUGAAGAUCGUGAGCGGCGGACGAUUCCUCGAAGACGAAGUGCGCGAGGCGUUUGCGUUAGCAGGCAGCUUCCCCGGCUGCAGCCCCACAAGGCGGAUCGCCGACAACAUAUCGGACCUGAAAGCCCAAACAUCAGCCAACCAACGUGGAAUCAACCUCCUGCUCAAACUGUGCGAGGAGUUCACCCUGCCCGUAGUACACCGAUACAUGCGGGGGAUCCAGAAGAACGCGGAAUACGCGGUGCGCGACUUCUUCAGAAACCUAGCCAAGAAGCAUCCCGAGGGACUCUCAGCGACGGACUGCUACGACAACGGCACCGAACUGAAACUCCAUAUCACAGUGGACCCAGCGACCGGAUCAGCAGUCUACGAUUUCGCCGGCAGCGGGCCGCAAUGCUGGGCCAACAUCAACUGUCCGAUCUCGAUCACAUAUUCGGCCGUCAUAUACACGAUCCGCUGUCUGAUUGACGUGGACAUGCCACUGAACCAAGGCUGUCUCACGCCCAUUGAGAUCCGCCUGCCCAAGGGCUCGAUCCUCAACCCGAACCCAUCGGUCGCCAUCUGCGGAAGCACCAUCGCCAGCCAGCGCGUCAUCGACGUCAUUCUGCGCGCGUACCGCUGCGUCGCGGCGUUCCAGGGCUGCGCCAGUUCCUUCGGCUGGGGCAUGGGCGGCCGCAAUCCGGAAACCGGCAAAAUCGAACCCGGUUGGAACUACGGCGAGGCCAUUGGCGGCGGCACCGGUGCCGGGCCGGGCUGGCACGGCGAACACGCCACGCAGGCACAUUCGACCAAUACUAAAAUCACCGACGCAGAGGUCAUCGAGAAGCGUACCCCGGUCAUUGUACGUCGGUACGAAAUCAAUCGCGGCACAGGUGGCCGAGGGAAAUGGAAUGGUGGUGAUGGCAUCACGCGCGAGAUCGAGGCCAGAUUGCCGCUCAAGUUCUCCAUCUUGAGUGAGAGACGGGUCUUUCCGCCAUAUGGUAUGGAUGGCGGCGAGCCGGGUAGCAUUGGGAAGAACUAUGUCUUUAGAUGGAACGAUGAGGGCACAAUGGACAAGAUCAAUCUCGGUGGCCAGGCUAUUGUCCAUUUGAAGCCGGGCGAGAGAAUGCAGAUCAAUACUCCUGGAGGUGGAGGCUGGGGGACACCGUCCGACUCGUAGGUGGAUUGGAUGCCUGUGGUGUGACCAAAGAAGAGAAGCUGGUCAUGUUUGUGUAUAGAAUAGGUGACAAUGAGAAUCGGGACCAGACCACCACUCACUUGUCGUGAGUUCAAGUUGAUCGCAUUGACAAUCGGAGGGGUCUCAUCGCUAUGCUACGCUACCGCAGUACCUUUUGAAAACUUGUCGGUAUCUUGAGUUUCGGAACAAACUUGUUUACCCCUUCGAAGUUCUAGGCGUCUGCGUUCAAGAAGCUUCAAGUUCC